CGGGGACGGCGCGGAGGCAGCGCCGCGCGGCCCGCCAGGCCCCGGACCCGCAGCUUCGCAGCCUGCCGGCUGGCGCGGCCCAGAAGCCCGAGCCAUGGAAUCGGAGGAGGAGCAGCACAUGACCACGCUGCUAUGCAUGGGCUUCUCGGACCCUGCCACCAUCCGCAAGGCCCUGCGCCUGGCCAAGAAUGACAUCAACGAGGCCGUGGCACUGCUCACCAACGAGCGGCCGGGCCUCGACUACGGCGGCUACGAACCCAUGGACAGCGGCGGCGGCCCCAGCCCCGGGCCCGGCGGGGGCUCGCGGGGCGACGGCAGCGGUGACGGCGGCGGCGGAGGCCCUUCCCGCGGCGGCAGCACCGGAGGCGGCGGCGGCUUCGACCCCCCGCCCGCCUACCACGAGGUGGUGGACGCCGAGAAGAAUGAUGAAAACGGAAACUGCUCAGGGGAAGGAAUUGAAUUCCCUACAACAAAUUUAUAUGAACUGGAAAGCCGCGUUUUGACAGAUCACUGGUCCAUACCUUACAAGCGGGAAGAGUCACUAGGCAAAUGCCUGUUGGCGUCUACCUACCUAGCAAGACUUGGUCUUUCUGAGUCUGAUGAGAAUUGUAAAAGAUUUAUGGAUAGGUGUAUGCCUGAAGCAUUUAAAAAGCUGCUGACAUCAAGUGCUGUUCACAAGUGGGGUACUGAAAUUCAUGAAGGGAUCUACAACAUGUUGAUGCUAUUAAUAGAACUGGCUGCAGAGAGAAUAAAACAAGAUCCAAUUCCCACUGGUCUGCUGGCUGUGCUUACAAUGGCUUUCAAUCCUGAUAAUGAAUACCAUUUUAAAAACAGAAUGAAAGUAUCUCAAAGGAAUUGGGCAGAAGUGUUUGGAGAGGGAAAUAUGUUUGCUGUUUCACCUGUAUCUACUUUCCAAAAGGAGCCUCAUGGAUGGGUUGUGGAUUUGGUAAAUAAGUUUGGAGAAUUAGGUGGAUUUGCAGCAAUCCAGGCCAAGCUCCAUUCAGAAGAUAUAGAACUUGGGGCAGUAUCAGCACUGGUGCAGCCCUUAGGGGUAUGUGCAGAGUACCUCAACUCCUCAGUGGUACAGCCCAUGCUGGACCCAGUCAUCCUUACUACAAUCCAGGACGUGCGGAGCGUGGAAGAAAAGGACCUUAAAGAUAAGAGAUUGGUUAGCAUCCCAGAGCUCUUGUCUGCCAUUAAGUUACUUUGCAUGCGCUUCCAACCGGAUCUGGUGACCGUUGUGGACGACCUUCGACUAGACAUCCUACUGCGCAUGCUGAAAUCACCUCAUUUUAGCGCUAAAAUGAAUUCCCUCAAAGAAGUAACCAAACUAAUAGAAGAUAGCACUUUAUCCAAAUCUGUGAAGAAUGCUAUAGAUACAGACAGAUUGUUAGAUUGGCUAGUUGAGAACUCAGUUCUGUCAAUUGCAUUGGAAGGCAACAUAGACCAAGCACAAUACUGUGAUCGUAUAAAGGGAAUUAUUGAACUCUUGGGCAGUAAAUUGUCUUUAGAUGAGCUCACUAAAAUUUGGAAGAUACAGUCAGGACAAUCAUCAACUGUGAUCGAGAAUAUCCAUACUAUUAUUGCUGCAGCAGCUGUCAAAUUUAAUUCAGAUCAGCUUAAUCAUUUGUUUGUUCUCAUUCAGAAGAGCUGGGAGACCGAGACCGAUAGAGUAAGACAGAAGCUAUUGAGCCUGAUUGGACGAAUAGGCCGGGAAGCUCGCUUUGAGACCACUUCUGGAAAGGUGUUAGAUGUACUCUGGGAACUGGCUCAUCUCCCAACGCUGCCCAGUAGCCUUAUUCAGCAAGCUUUGGAGGAGCACCUGACAAUCCUAAGUGAUGCGUAUGCAGUGAAAGAAGCAAUCAAGAGGAGCUACAUCAUUAAGUGCAUAGAAGAUAUUAAAAGGCCCGGAGAAUGGUCAGGUUUGGAAAAAAACAAGAAGGAUGGAUUCAAGUCAUCUCAACUUAAUAAUCCCCAGUUUGUAUGGGUAGUACCAGCUUUGCGUCAGCUACAUGAAAUCACCCGCUCAUUCAUAAAACAAACCUAUCAAAAGCAAGACAAGAGCAUUAUUCAAGACUUGAAGAAAAAUUUUGAAAUAGUGAAAUUGGUAACAGGAAGUUUGAUAGCUUGUCAUCGGCUUGCAGCAGCCGUGGCUGGACCUGGAGGCUUAACUGGUUCAACACUAGUGGAUGGCCGCUACACUUAUCGGGAGUAUUUAGAGGCCCAUCUAAAAUUUCUGGCAUUUUUCUUGCAAGAAGCUACUCUGUAUCUGGGUUGGAAUCGCGCCAAGGAAAUCUGGGAGUGUCUUGUGACUGGCCAGGAUGUUUGUGAAUUAGAUAGAGAGAUGUGUUUUGAAUGGUUUACGAAAGGGCAGCAUGAUCUUGAGAGUGAUGUUCAGCAGCAGCUCUUCAAGGAGAAAAUUCUUAAAUUGGAGUCAUAUGAAAUCACCAUGAAUGGUUUUAACUUAUUUAAGACUUUUUUUGAAAAUGUGAAUCUCUGUGAUCAUCGAUUGAAAAGACAAGGAGCUCAAUUGUAUGUAGAAAAGCUGGAAUUGAUAGGAAUGGAUUUCAUUUGGAAAAUAGCCAUGGAAUCACCUGAUGAAGAAAUUGCUAAUGAAGCUAUUCAGUUAAUCAUAAACUACAGUUACAUUAAUCUAAAUCCCAGGUUAAAGAAGGAUUCUGUAUCAUUACAUAAGAAAUUCAUUGCUGAUUGCUACACAAGAUUAGAAGCGGCCAGUUCAGCGCUUGGUGGCCCCACUCUGACACACGCUGUGACCAGAGCAACAAAGAUGCUUACAGCAACUGCCAUGCCAACUGUAGCCACGUCAGUCCAGUCUCCGUACAGAUCCACUAAACUUGUAAUAAUUGAGAGGUUGCUGCUUCUGGCAGAACGCUAUGUGAUCACUAUAGAGGAUUUUUACUCUGUUCCCCGAACUAUUCUACCUCAUGGUGCCUCAUUCCAUGGACAUCUUUUAACUCUUAAUGUUACUUAUGAGUCUACCAAAGAUACCUUCACUGUAGAGGCUCACAGUAAUGAAACCAUAGGGAGUGUCCGGUGGAAGAUAGCCAAGCAGUUGUGUUCUCCAGUGGAUAGUAUACAGAUAUUUACAAAUGAUAGUCUGCUGACAGUGAAUAAAGAUCAAAAGCUCCUCCACCAGCUGGGCUUUUCUGAUGAGCAAAUCCUCACAGUAAAGACUUCUGGCAGUGGGACCCCGUCUGGGAGCUCUGCAGAUUCCUCAACCAGCUCCAGCAGCAGCAGCAGUGGGGUGUUUAGUUCAUCAUAUGCCAUGGAGCAGGAGAAAUCCCUCCCUGGUGUUGUGAUGGCACUUGUGUGUAAUGUAUUUGACAUGCUUUACCAGCUGGCCAAUCUAGAGGAGCCAAGGAUAACUCUACGAGUACGAAAGCUUCUGCUCUUGAUACCCACUGAUCCAGCCAUUCAGGAAGCCCUUGAUCAACUUGAUUCUUUAGGAAGAAAGAAAACAUUGCUGUCUGAAACAAGUGCUCAGUCUUCAAAAUCCCCAUCCCUCUCUUCCAAGCAGCAGCAUCAGCCAAGUGCCAGUUCAAUUUUAGAAAGUCUGUUUCGAUCUUUCGCUCCAGGAAUGUCCACCUUCAGAGUACUCUACAACUUAGAAGUUCUAAGCUCCAAACUCAUGCCAACAGCUGAUGAUGACAUGGCAAGAAACUGUGCAAAAUCCUUUUGUGAGAACUUCCUCAAAGCAGGAGGUUUGAGUUUGGUUGUAAAUGUCAUGCAGAGAGAUUCCAUCCCAUCAGAAGUAGACUAUGAAACAAGGCAGGGAGUUUAUUCCAUCUGCCUACAACUUGCAAGAUUUUUACUUGUGGGACAAACACUGCCGACAUUAUUAGAGGAAGACCUCACCAAAGAUGGCAUAGAAGCACUCACUUCUCGCCCGUUCCGAAAUGUCAGCCGGCAGACAAGCAGGCAGAUGUCCUUAUGUGGUACCCCGGAAAAGUCAUCCUACCGACAGCUGUCAGUGUCUGACAGGUCUUCCAUUAGGGUUGAGGAAAUCAUCCCUGCUGCUCGAGUUGCAAUACAAACAAUGGAAGUCAGUGAUUUCACAUCUACUGUGGCUUGUUUCAUGAGAUUGUCAUGGGCUGCAGCUGCAGGACGGCUUGACCUCGUUGGGAGUAGCCAACCAAUUAAAGAAAGUAAUUCUCUGUUUCCUGCUGGAAUUCGAAACAGGCUCAGCAGUUCAGGAAGCAAUUGCAGCUCUGGAAGUGAAGGGGACCCGGUAGCCCUGCAUGCAGGCAUCUGUGUGCGACAACAAUCCGUGUCCACCAAAGACUCACUGAUUGCUGGAGAGGCUUUGUCUCUUCUUGUUACAUGCUUACAGCUUCGGAGCCAACAACUGGCAUCUUUCUAUAACUUGCCCUGUGUUGCUGAUUUUAUCAUUGAUAUUCUGCUUGGAUCACCAAGUGCUGAGAUUCGCCGUGUUGCCUGUGAUCAACUGUAUACUCUUAGUCAGACAGAUACUUCAGCCCAUCCAGAUGUGCAGAAGCCAAAUCAGUUUCUCCUAGGUGUGAUUCUCACUGCUCAGCUGCCUCUCUGGUCCCCAACUAGUAUUAUGCGAGGAGUCAAUCAGAGACUGUUAUCCCAGUGCAUGGAGUAUUUUGAUCUGAGGUGCCAAUUAUUAGAUGAUCUGACAACUUCAGAAAUGGAGCAGUUAAGAAUCAGCCCAGCUACCAUGCUCGAAGAUGAGAUUACUUGGCUGGAUAACUUUGAACCUAAUCGCACAGCUGAAUGUGAGACCAGUGAAGCAGAUAACAUCUUAUUGGCAGGACACUUACGGCUCAUCAAGACCCUUCUUUCACUCUGUGGGGCAGAAAAGGAAAUGCUUGGUUCAUCACUCAUUAAACCAUUGUUAGAUGACUUCCUUUUCCGAGCUUCUAGAAUUAUUUUAAAUAGUCAUUCUCCAGCUGGCAGUGCCGCCAUCAGUCAACAGGACUUUCAUCCAAAAUGUAGUACAGUGAAUAGCCGAUUGGCAGCCUAUGAAGUCCUUGUAAUGCUGGCUGAUAGCUCACCUUCAAAUCUUCAAAUUAUUACAAAAGAACUACUUUCUAUGCAUCAUCAACCUGAUCCUGCUCUUACCAAGGAGUUUGAUUACCUUCCCCCAGUGGAUAGCAGGUCCAGCUCAGGGUUUGUGGGACUGAGGAAUGGUGGCGCUACAUGUUACAUGAAUGCAGUCUUCCAGCAGCUAUAUAUGCAACCUGGUCUCCCAGAGUCAUUACUUUCAGUGGAUGAUGACACGGACAAUCCAGACGAUAGUGUAUUCUACCAAGUGCAGUCUCUCUUUGGGCAUUUGAUGGAAAGCAAGCUGCAGUACUAUGUACCUGAGAACUUUUGGAAGAUUUUCAAGAUGUGGAACAAAGAACUUUAUGUGAGAGAACAACAGGAUGCGUAUGAAUUCUUCACCAGUCUCAUCGAUCAGAUGGAUGAAUAUCUCAAGAAAAUGGGGAGAGACCAAAUUUUUAAGAAUACUUUUCAGGGCAUCUAUUCUGAUCAGAAGAUCUGUAAAGACUGUCCUCACAGCAGAUAUGAGCGCGAGGAAGCUUUCAUGGCUCUCAAUCUAGGAGUUACUUCCUGUCAGAGUUUGGAAAUUUCUUUGGACCAGUUCGUUAGAGGAGAAGUUCUAGAGGGAAGUAAUGCAUAUUACUGUGAAAAGUGUAAAGAAAAGAGAACAACAGUGAAAAGGACCUGUAUUAAGUCGUUACCUAGUGUCUUGGUCAUCCACCUGAUGAGAUUUGGAUUUGACUGGGAGAGUGGACGCUCCAUUAAAUAUGAUGAACAGAUAAGGUUUCCCUGGAUGCUAAACAUGGAGCCUUACACAGUUUCAGGAAUGGCUCGCCAAGAUUCAUCUUCGGAAGUUGGUGAAAACGGGCGAAAUAUGGAUCAGGGAGGUGGAGGAUCUCCACGAAAAAAAGUUGCCCUCACAGAAAACUACGAACUUGUCGGUGUCAUUGUACAUAGUGGGCAGGCACAUGCAGGCCACUACUAUUCCUUCAUCAAGGACAGGCGGGGAUGUGGAAAAGGAAAGUGGUAUAAAUUUAAUGACACAGUUAUAGAAGAAUUUGACCUAAAUGAUGAGACCCUAGAGUACGAAUGCUUUGGAGGAGAAUAUAGACCAAAAGUUUAUGAUCAAACGAACCCAUAUACUGAUGUACGCCGAAGAUACUGGAACGCCUAUAUGCUCUUCUACCAAAGGGUGUCUGAUCAGAACUCCCCUGUGUUACCAAAGAAAAGUCGAGUCAGCGUUGUGCGGCAGGAAGCUGAGGAUCUCUCUCUGUCAGCACCAUCUUCACCAGAAAUUUCACCUCAGUCAUCUCCUCGGCCCCAUAGGCCUAACAAUGACCGGCUCUCUAUUCUAACCAAGCUGGUUAAAAAGGGCGAGAAGAAAGGACUAUUUGUGGAGAAGAUGCCUGUUCGCAUAUACCAGAUGGUGAGAGAUGAAAACCUCAAGUUUAUGAAGAAUAGAGAUGUGUACAGUAGUGAUUAUUUCAGUUUUGUUUUGUCCUUAGCAUCAUUGAAUGCUACUAAAUUAAAGCAUCCGUACUAUCCCUGCAUGGCAAAGGUGAGCUUACAGCUUGCCAUUCAGUUCCUUUUUCAGACUUAUCUACGGACAAAGAAAAAACUCAGGGUUGACACUGAAGAAUGGAUUGCCACUAUUGAAGCAUUACUUUCAAAAAGUUUUGAUGCUUGUCAGUGGCUGGUUGAAUAUUUUAUUAGUUCUGAAGGACGAGAAUUGAUAAAGAUUUUCUUGUUGGAGUGCAAUGUGAGAGAAGUACGUGUCGCUGUGGCCACCAUCCUGGAGAAAACCCUAGACAGUGCCUUGCUUUAUCAGGAUAAGUUAAAGAGCCUUCAUCAGUUACUGGAGGUACUACUUGCUCUGUUGGAUAAAGAUGUUCCUGAAAAUUGUAAAAACUGUGCUCAGUACUUUUUCCUGUUCAACAGUUUUGUACAAAAGCAAGGAAUUAGGGCCGGAGAUCUUCUUCUGAAGCAUUCAGCUCUGCGACACAUGAUCAGCUUUCUCCUGGGGGCCAACCGGCAGAGCAGUCAGAUACGUCGAUGGAGUUCGGCACAAGCACGAGAAUUUGGGAACCUUCACAAUACAGUGGCAUUGCUUGUCUUGCACUCAGACGUCUCUUCCCAAAGAAACGUUGCUCCGGGUGUAUUUAAACAGCGGCCGCCUAUUAGCAUUGCCCCCUCGAGUCCCCUACUGCCCCUCCACGAGGAAGUCGAAGCCCUGUUGUUCUUGUCUGAAGGGAAACCUUACCUGUUAGAGGUAAUGUUUGCUCUGCGAGAGCUGACAGGCUCACUGCUGGCGCUCAUUGAGAUGGUGGUAUACUGCUGUUUCUGUAACGAGCAUUUCUCCUUCACCAUGCUGCAUUUCAUUAAGAACCAACUAGAAACAGCUCCACCCCAUGAGUUAAAGAAUACGUUCCAACUACUUCAUGAGAUGUUGGUCAUUGAGGAUCCCAUACAAGUGGAGCGAGUCAAAUUUGUGUUUGAGACAGAAAAUGGAUUACUAGCUCUGAUGCACCACAGUAAUCACGUGGACAGCAGUCGCUGCUACCAGUGUGUCAAAUUUCUUGUAACUCUUGCUCAGAAGUGUCCUGCUGCUAAAGAAUACUUCAAGGAGAACUCCCAUCACUGGAGUUGGGCUGUACAGUGGCUGCAGAAGAAGAUGUCAGAACAUUACUGGACACCACAGAGUAAUGUCUCUAAUGAAACAUCAACCGGAAAAACCUUUCAGCGAACAAUUUCAGCUCAGGACACGUUAGCAUAUGCCACGGCUCUCCUGAAUGAGAAGGAGCAGUCGGGAAGCAGUAACGGGUCGGAGAGCAGUCCUGCAAAUGAAAACGGAGAGAGGCACUUACAGCAGGGUUCUGAAUCACCCAUGAUGAUCAGUGAGUUAAGAAGUGACCUGGACGAUGUCGAUCCCUAGGGGACGUGCCCAGCACAUGAUGAGAAGUCACGUCACGGUUACUGGAUGCUCAGGACCUUUUGAAAUCAGAAUCUCAUCCUUGAACCCUUUAGAAGAGCCUGGAGGCCGGACCGGGAGAACCUGCCGUGACGGGAGGAGCACGUGUUUAAGGAAAGCACUCUUCAGCCCCCGGGGAAGUCCUGGGGGCUGUUUGGCAGCGGGAGAACUCCGGCCUGUGGAUCCGCUGACCCGGGGCACAGCCCAUAUGUGGAUUGACACUUUUGUGGAGAUUUUUGGAAGUAAACCCGGUGGCAGACUGUUUUGUUACAUGAACAUAACAAGAGUGAGUGAGGAUAAAGCUGUUGCUUUCUCUAUGAUGCUACAAAAGAAAUUCCUUUGGUUUUUAUAUUUAAAAAAAAAAAAAAAAAAAGCAAGCUGCCUUUAGAUGAGUGCGGGCAAAUUUUUAAUCUUGCAGUAACAAUGAAUAGGAAUAUCCAAUUUAAAACGAUGUAAAGAUAUGUGAUAAAAAUUCCUUUUCACUGUAAAAUAGUAGUUAAAGAAUUCAGUUUACACAGACCUUUGUAUUUAAUAUGUCUCCCAAUUUGUAUAGAAUUUCAGGUGGGUCUGGAUGAGAGCUCUGCUCAUAAACUUGGAUCUUGAUGAAAUGUUACCAGGAUCGAAAAUUGGGAAAUUAAGCUCUUUAAGGUAUUUUUCUGAUAUAAUUGAGAUUGAAAGAGCAA